UGCUGUUAUUGUAUCUGCUGCUGAUGUGAAAGGAAAGUGGUUUGAUAGGAUAGUAUUAAUCAUUUUUGAAAAUACCAAUUAUUCUACUGCUAUUGCCGAUCCUUAUUUUAAGAGUCUCACGACGCAAUCCGAUGGUGUUCUUUUUUCAAACUUUAAUGCAGUGGCUCACCCUUCGUUGCCAAAUUACAUUGCUCAAAUUUCGGGAUCCACUUUCGGAAUUCUUGAUGAUAAUAAUUAUGAUUUGGGGGACACAAAUCUCGUGGACCUUCUUGAAGAUAAAGGUAUUUCAUGGAAAGCAUACGCGGAGAACUAUCCCGAAAAUUGUUUCUUGAAUGCGACAGGUGGCUGGAAACAGAGAUAUGCUAGGAAGCAUGUCCCAUUUCUAUUUUUUACUUCAGUUAGCCAAAAUACGACUCGAUGUGCUAAAAUAGUUAAUAGUACACGACUGGACAAUGAUAUUGAAAGUAAUAGUGUCCCUCAGUUGGUUUAUUACACUCCAAAUUUGGACAAUGAUGCUCAUGAUACAAAUACCACUUUUGCAUCAACGUGGUUUAAAGGAUGGCUUGAACCUAAACUUUCAAAACCUGCGUUUACUAAUAAUACAUUAUUUUUUAUUACAUUUGAUGAAUCAGAAAAUCCUAAUGAUACCAUGAAUCAUAUUUAUUCUGCCAUGUUUGGCACUCCUGUCAAAACUGAUGGUAAUAAUCAUGAUGAUACAACUCAUUAUACUCAUUAUUCUUAUUUAAGGACUGUCGAGGACAAUUGGAGCCUCGGAUCUUUAAAUAGAAAUGAUUCUAAUGCCACACCUUUCACUAAAUACCUUAAGGGUAACUGA